UUUUUACAUUUUUCAGUGGCCCUAAUCCUCUUCCGCAAAUGUGUACUGUCACUUUAAGAAACCCGGAAAUGAUCCUUUCUGGCAUUCGCUGCGUGUGAAUUGACGGACAGCUGUGUCGGGAUUGUCUCUGCAAUGAUAUCCAACCCUGUUACUUGGGCUGUCCGAAUUAGUGUGAGGUGCUGGCGACACCGAGCCGUGUUUAAAGGGCUUCCAGGAGCCUCAGGCGUCGGCAGCUGGCGCUGGUACUCUGCUCCCACUCGAAGCAGUGUCUCGGUUAUGGAGGAGAUAUUGGCGAGGGUCAUUGUACCUUUACCUUCAUAUGAAACGAGAGACAAAUUCCCACCUCCGCCCGAAUCGACUAGUUUAGAGUUCAUGAACUUCUAUAGAGGUCUCGAAAAGGAAGACAAGGUGGAUUUUCUGUCCAAGCUGUCAGAGGAGUGCGGAGUGGAUCAUAAACUGGUUUCAGAACUUGCUGUGAAGUUACUGGACACUCAGCGGCGGGACCAGGCGACCAUUCUGCAAGCUGAGGACAGACUCCGGUACAGCUUGACGCCGCGGUACAAGCAGCUGUUCAGCCAUGUAAGCCGGGUUGAAGGUGGAGUGAAGUUCCUGGUGGAUCUCCGUGCUGAUCUGCUGGAAAUCCUCACAUCUAAAGCAAGCGAAAGUCCACACAUCAGGGACCUGAACAGUACCCUGAAGAGCCUGCUGUCUGAGUGGUUUUCUGUAGGUCUGCUCCGACUUGAAAGAAUCACCUGGCAGUCCCCCUGUGAGAUCCUGCAGAAGAUCAGCCAGUAUGAGGCGGUGCAUCCUGUAAGGAAUUGGACGGACCUUAAGCGCAGAGUGGGCCCAUACAGACGGUGUUACGCCUUCACCCACGCCGCCAUGCCAGGAGAGCCUUUGGUUGUGCUGCACGUGGCCCUCACUGAGGACAUCUCCAAUAACAUCCAGAGUAUUGUUCGUGAAUUUGCAACGCUUGAUGCAGAGGAGGACAUAAACAAGAUAAAUUCUGCCAUCUUCUACUCCAUCUCCUCAACCCAGGCUGGCCUUCAGGGUGUGGAGCUGGGCAACUUCCUCAUCAAGAGGGUGGUCCGAGAACUGCAGAGUGAGUUCCCUCAUAUGGCUCAGUUUUCCAGUCUAUCACCCAUUCCUGGGUUCUCAUCCUGGCUUCAAGGUCUUCUGAGCCAGUACAGGAAGGAAGGCCGGGCAGCGGACCUUUUGUCCGAGCAGGAGUGGAAAGAAGUGGAGAAGACCAUCGACAGUAGCCCAGGGACUCCACCUGUGGACUCUUUGCGUAAGCUUCUUGCCACCAGUGAGUGGACGCGCUCAGAGAAGCUGUCCCACGCCCUAGAGCCUGUCCUCAUGCGCCUCUGCGCGUGGUACCUCUACGGAGAAAAGCGGCGAGGCUAUGCUCUCAAUCCUGUGGCCAAUUUCCACCUGCAAAACGGCGCCACCAUGUGGCGGAUCAACUGGCGUGCUGACACCAGCCCCAGGGGCAUGGCAAACUCCUGUGGAAUCAUGGUGAACUAUCGCUACUUCCUGAACGAGACGUCUAAAAACAGCGCUCUAUACCUUCAGAAUAAAGUUGUGGCAGCAUCAGAGCAGGUUUUGGGGCUCGUUUCCCAGUUUCAGAAAAACAGCAAACUGUGACUCUGUUACCAAUAAUAUUAAUGUGGUAUUCCAGGUUAUAGUUUACCUGCUGUUUACGACUAAAAAGACCGGUGUGUUAUUUUACUGGAGCUGUCUUUGAUGUUUGUCAUGUUUCCCCAAAUAUCAACAAUCAGCACCACCACCGAAUGAACCACCUGACGUCGUAGAGGAACAGAAAGUAGGACAUUUUUAACAUGAUGUAAAUCGUCCCAUCUGCUAUUUGGCUCAUUAGAUUUCUAGCCAAAGCUGUUUGAUAUUGUGUAAGUGAUUGUCAGAGCAGACUGCAGCUAAUGAAGCAGAAGGCAUCUAUCAAUGCCAGAGCAUGCUGGUGGAUAAUAGCAUGUAAUGGUGAGGCCGGUGCAGGGAGGGUGCGCACCUCCUGGAAUAAAUGAUGUUUAUUCAUUCAUUUGGCUGAGCUGCUUCACUGUAAACCCAUCAGAGAUGGAGAGAAAGACAAGUAGAUGUUUUCUUUACUAUUGUCAGAACAGGAUGUUUCUCUGAUUUUCCGCUUUAAAAGUCAUUACAGAAGGCAUGGAGUCACCCGCGGGAAAAAAAUGGUUCAUAAUAAAUAAACUGAUUUUCUGUUGAAUGAUCAAGCCGAUGGUGUUUCACUGAAUGUCUUCAGCUGGACGCUCCUUUCUGCUCUCUCUCCCACAGAGAGACAUAAGCAUCCUCUAAAGAUCAUCACUGAUAUCCUAAGGACUUGGUACCUGUGCAAAGCAGGUCUCGAAUCAUCCCACAUCCCUUUGUUGGCAAAUAAUAUAUGAAAGCAAGUUAACUGUGAAAUUACAUUUUAUCUCUCAAAGGAGUCAAACUGUCUUUUUAUUUUUUCACAUACCACCUUCUUAACAAUGCGCUCGGUGUCCUAGAAACUAAUGGAGUGAAAAAUAAAGUUAAACUAAAUGGUUAGAUUGAUGGUGUUCAGUUGUUAAGAAAGGAGGGAGGGGAGCAUAUAAAGAGGCAGAAAAGAAACAUUGUUUAAUGUUUGUCCUUCAGAGACAAGUGUGAGAGUCUCUGGAGACUGAGAAAAGAUCAUCACAGUUUCCAUGCCUUGGGUUGCCAUGGAAACAACACUGACAUGUGACUCCAAGCUGCUUGUUUGGACUUAUUGGGACCGCCAAUAAUGGUUUAGCCACUGCUUUCUAGUCAAAUGGUUUUAUUAUGUAAUUUUUAUUUUGAAAUAUAAAGCUGAGCCGCUAAUAUUGGAGCUACAACAAGUGGUUGUUUAAUUCUGUUUAAAGGCAUGAAAUCCACAAAACAACACAAAUGUCCUGUAGCAAUAAUUCAAUUAAUGCAGGACUUUACAUACACUCAUCAGCAUGAACAUUUUUCAAUUGGGCAUUUUAAUGAUAAUACAUUUUCAAUGAAUUUUCCAAUUUUGAAUGAUGUUAUUCUGGAUUUACUGUAAAUCACAUCUACUUGGUUUUAUCCAUUUAGGCUUGGAUGUAGACACUGCCAUUAA